CACAUAGUAAUUUCUAGGAUGGCGAUUGGGUGGCUGUGGAAAGCAGGACUCGGUUCCCCUGCCCUAGUGUGAGCGCAGUGGGUGGGACUCAGCACAGAGUCAGUUUUCCGCCAGCAGGUUUCCAUGCAGAGUUUUCCUACACUUUCCCUCCGCUAGAGCAGCCCUCGGCCAGGAGAGCGGCGGGGAGGACACCUGUGGGGAGGGAGUGCCGCCGCGGGCAGCAGGGGGGCCGGGCCCUGCGGUGACCUCACCAUGUGCGGAUGUGCGAGGUGCGCCCUGGAGCUGCAGGAGACCCAGAAACGCCGCCCCGAGGUGUGGGAAGCCAGCAAACAUCCCAGUUAUUGAUAGUGGCUUCUUGGAGGAAUUUGGGUCCCACGUAAGAACAACAGCGCAUCAGGAGAUCAGAGCAGCGUGAGCACCAGCGACACCAUGUUCUGCACGAAGCUCAAGGAUCUCAAGAUCACAGGGGAGUGUCCUUUCUCCUUACUGGCGCCAGGGCAGGUUCCUAAAGAGUCAGCAGAGGAGGUAGCAGGAAGCUCAGAGAGCUGCAAAGCAACUCCGCCCAUCUGUCAAGACAUUCCUGAGAAGAAUAUGCAAGAAAGUCUUCCUCAAAGAAAGACCAGUAGGAGCAGAGUCUAUCUUCACACUUUGGCGGAGAGUAUUUGCAAACUGAUUUUCCCAGAGUUUGAACGGCUGAACCUCGCACUUCAGAGAACAUUGGCAAAGCAUAAAAUAAAAGAAAGCAGGAACUCUUUGGAAAGAGAAGACUUUGAAAAAAUAAUCGCAGACCAAGCAAUUGCAGCAGGAGUUCCAGUGGAGAUCAUCAAAGAAUCUCUCGGUGAAGAGCUUUUUAAAAUAUGUUAUGAGGAAGAUGAGCACAUCCUCGGCGUGGUUGGAGGCACCCUGAAAGAUUUUUUAAAUAGCUUCAGCACCCUUCUGAAACAGAGCAGCCAUUGCCAAGAAGCGGGCAAGAGGGGCAGGCUGGAGGACGCCUCCAUUCUGUGCCUGGAUAAAGAUCAGGAUUUCCUCAACGUUUAUUAUUUCUUCCCUAAGAGAACCACCUCCCUGAUUCUUCCAGGCAUCAUUAAGGCAGCUGCCCGCGUAUUGUACGAGACCGAAGUCAAAGUGUCGCUGGUGCCUCCCUGCUUCCACAAGGAUUGCGGGGAGUUUGUCAAUCAGCCCUUCUUGCUCUACUCUGUUCACGUGAAAAGCACCAAACCGUCCCUGUCCCCCAGCAAGCCCCAGUCCUCCCUGGUGAUCCCCGCGUCUCUCUUCUGCAAGACAUUUCCGUUCCAUUUCAUGUUCGACAGAGACAUGACGAUCCUGCAGUUUGGCAAUGGCAUUAGACGACUGAUGAACAGAAGAGACUUUCAAGGAAAGCCUAAUUUUGAAGAAUACUUUGAAAUUCUGACUCCAAAAAUCAACCAGACGUUUAGCGGGAUCAUGACCAUGUUGAAUAUGCAAUUUGUUGUGCGUGCGAGGAGAUGGGACAACUCUGUGAAGAAAUCUUCCAGGGUUAUGGACCUUAAAGGCCAAAUGAUCUACAUUGUCGAAUCCAGUGCAAUCUUGUUCUUGGGCUCACCCUGUGUAGACAGAUUAGAAGAUUUUACAGGACGAGGGCUCUACCUGUCAGACAUACCAAUCCACAACGCACUGCGGGAUGUGGUCUUGAUAGGGGAACAAGCCCGAGCUCAAGAUGGUCUGAAGAAGAGGCUGGGGAAGCUGAAGGCCACCCUGGAGCAAGCCCACCAAGCCCUGGAGGAGGAGAAGAAAAAGACAGUAGAUCUUCUCUGCUCCAUAUUUCCCUCUGAGGUUGCUCAGCAGCUGUGGCAAGGGCAAGUUGUGCAAGCCAAAAAGUUCAGUAAUGUCACCAUGCUGUUCUCGGACAUUGUCGGGUUCACUGCCAUCUGCUCCCAGUGCUCACCGCUGCAGGUCAUCACCAUGCUCAAUGCACUCUACACUCGCUUUGACCAGCAGUGCGGAGAGCUGGAUGUCUACAAGGUGGAGACCAUUGGCGAUGCAUAUUGUGUAGCCGGGGGAUUGCACAAAGAGAGUGAUACCCAUGCCGUUCAGAUAGCACUGAUGGCCCUGAAGAUGAUGGAACUCUCUAAUGAGGUCAUGUCUCCCCAUGGAGAACCUAUCAAGAUGCGAAUUGGAUUGCAUUCUGGAUCAGUCUUUGCUGGAGUUGUUGGAGUUAAAAUGCCACGUUACUGUCUUUUCGGAAACAAUGUCACUCUGGCUAACAAGUUUGAGUCCUGCAGUGUACCACGGAAAAUCAAUGUCAGUCCAACAACUUACAGAUUACUGAAAGACUGUCCUGGUUUUGUGUUUACCCCUCGAUCAAGGGAAGAACUUCCACCAAACUUCCCCAGUGAAAUUCCUGGAAUCUGUCAUUUUCUAGAUGCUUAUCAACAAGGAACAAAUUCAAAACCAUGGUUCCAAAAAAGAGAUGUUGAAGAUGGCAAUGCCAAUUUUUUAGGCAAAGCAUCAGGAAUAGAUUAGCGAACUGUAUACCUGUUCAUUAGUCUUUGGGGUUUGACUCCUUCUAGGAUGUGUAGAACCUUUGAAAGCACUUUAGGACUGCAGAUGGCUAAAGAGCAGUAUUAAAAUUUCAGGAGCUAAGUCACAAUCUACUCAUUAUUCCAUUUAACAUGACAAAAGUGUAUUCAAUUCAAUACUCUUCUGUCUAAAUACCCUUCAAUACUCUUCCUUGUUUUUUUUUUUUUAAGAAACCUCAAAAGAUAACAUUUUGGGGGAUUUUUCUCUUAUAUAACAAUCACUUAUAAGCCGUACUCAAAAUUCAGCACAUUGUACAUAUAUCAGAUAAUUAUAGUCAACUGUAAAAAGUGAUGGAGUCACUUACAAUCUUGUGCCCUGGUGGAAUGCCAUGGUUAUUAAAGUGUGUUUGUGAUAGUGUUGCCUUAAAAAAGCUUUUGAAUAGAGAUUACAUUCUUUGAUAUCAUAAACUCUUUCAUCCUUUCAACUCUGCAUUUCAUUACAUUUUUUCAUUUAACUGUUUAGCUUAUAUAAGAAAACAGGCUGAGAUUUUUUUUUCUCUGUUGCACUUUCUUCCUAUUUUCCUUUUUAGAAAAUAAGCAAUUAGGGGUUAGAUGCAAUACGAAUAUAAAAUAGUUCUGUAAAUAUCAAAGAUUAUUUUUAGUUCUUGAAGUUAAAAAUAUUCUCCAUAACACUAUGUGUCAUAACAAUAAAUAUUUCUUUUUGUUUGACAUUGUUUUUUAUUCUAUAUAUGGUAAAGGCUAUUUUAAUUCAUAUUAGCAUUUUAGUAUCAUACUAGCAAAAUAUGCAGGAUAAAAGAGGUUUAUAACCUGUAUUAAAAUGCAAUAAUAUCAUUCUAAUGUAAUUUGGCCAUAAGCACCAUGAGAGUAAAGUAAACUCCCAGAAGACCCAUAAAGUACAGUAGCCAGACAUUUGCAAACAUGCACAUAUACAUAUACACUUGAGGAAUUUGGACCUACUUCAGCAGACGAUUUUCAUUGCCAUGCUGAGCCAUAUCAAGUUGCAAGAAGAAAAUCUAAGUUCAGAAGUAAAAAAAUAAGACUUGUUCUUUUUAUUGAUAGCUCAUUUUUUAAAGUAUUUGUAUUGAACAUAUACAUUUUGGUGUAUGUAUAUGUACUAAGAAUCAAGUUUUUGUCUCAUUAGGCAUAUGUACAUGAAGAUUUUAAUUCUAGUUGAAAUAUCUCAAUGCCAUUUUUUUAAAAGAGACUGUUAGUAUUGAUGAAGAAAAUGAUGCAAUGACUUCAUUAUGGAAAUUUCUAAACAUUUUUUUCUGGAGCUUGAAUUGUUUUUAAAGAGUUGAUGUUAGUCUAAGUUCUCUGUUAAACUAAAAAGUCUAGAGAGUUUUGCUUGGGACAAGGUUUUGAUUUGAAAAAGAGUUCAACUUUAAAGCAAGAAAAAGAUGAAGGUUAUUGUUUUAAAAAUCAGUAUUAGCAGAGCCAUAGAAAUCCUGAACUCUUAUUUGGGGUUCUGAGAAGUAACUCAGUUUUGUCUCCAUUAGUCCUCAGGUUAGCCCAUGGUGAUUUCAGGGAUAAAAAGUCAUUGCUGAUUGACCUCCAGUAUCCCAAGUGUACCACUACAGAUGCUACGAUGAUUACUAUUUACUAAGUGUUACCCUAAUGAAGAAUAGGACUGAAUGUGUCUCAUUCAACACCCACCCUAUUAUUAGAGAGUACCAUAAGCCUUGGGAAAAUAUAGUUACAAUGUCAUAAUUUUAUGAACCUAAAUAAUUAUUUACAAGGACAAUAAAGGUGUAAAUACAUUUUUCUUUCUGGAACUGAACCCUUAUUAUAGGGAAAUAAUACAAAUUAAAGAAAAUUAAAAGGCAUAAAAUAGAAUGUGGUCUUCAGCAAUAUUUUAAGCAGACCUCAAUUUGGUAAUAAUUUGUUAUCUAAAAGUUUAUAACUUAAUUAGAAUUUAAAAAAUAUUUUCCAUAUGUGUGUGAUGUAUUAGUGUACACAAACCUCCACACACAGAGAACAAAUGGGGGAAAUGGACAUAAACAGAAUAAAAAGCUGUAUGGGAGUCCUUGUACUUUUCCUGUAACUUUUCUAUAGAUUUGGUAUUUUAUCUAAAUAAAAAGUUACCAAAAACGUAUUUUCCCAGAGAAAUUAAAUCAUCUGAGAUAGGUUCCCCAGAUCAGCCUACAAAGGCAGGUUAAUGAUGGAAUACUCUGUGGACUUUAAACAAAAUAGACAUACAUUCCCACAAGAGAAUGCAUUAAAAAG